AUGUCAUCAUUAUAUGUUGCCGUACUGUGCGUUGUAUUCGGUGUUACGCUUGCGAAACUACGAUGCGGUAACGAUGGUAUACAACAUGACAUAGCUUCGAAUCUUUUACGAAAUGACUGUAAAGGAAGGCUAGGAAAAAUCGAUUCAUGCUGUGUAGCUCACACCCAAUGUUACCAGAACAGAAGUCCUCAAAAGGUUUGCGAUGAUAAUUUCUGCAGUUGUAUAGAUCAAGCAGCUGCAAAUAUUCCUCUUUGUAAGUUCCAUGCUGGAAAUUUCUGUGCAACUGCACGCUCAUUUGGUGCUUUCCAAUACAAUAAGCCAGCACACUAG